GUGUGUGUGUGUGUGAGAGCGUGCGUGGGUUUGGAGUACGGCGCAUGCGCACUGCCGCCGCUCGGCUCUCGGUGCGGCGCGGGGCGCGCGGUUCUCCGCUCUGCUCCCACAGACUUGAUCAGUGUCCGACUCCGGAGUGAUACCCGACGGACGGACGAUCGAUGAACCCGUCAAUCAAAACUCCCCACGUGCACUCAGCCCCGCCCCCGGGGCCCCGGGCCCGUGCGGCGUUGAUCCUUAUUGGUUAUUGACAGAUUGCGUGAGCGGAGUUCAGCGCGUCAAACCAACAGGACUUUCUUCGUCCAUCACCUCCUCCAUCACCUCCUCCGAUGCUCUCAUCCAAAGCGACCCGCACCUGGUGGACAACACUGAAGCUUCCGCACAGGAGAAGGAGGAGGAGGCCUUGAAUUAUGAAGACUCAACUCCGCCCCUCUCAGCUCCUGGCCAGUGGGCAGAUCUUUGCCUUCGGAGGGAUGUGUCAAGAGCUCAUGGACACGCCCGCGCCCGCAAGCCUCGGUCUUUCUGUCCCACAGACGCCAUCUCCAGGUCCGGGCGGGGCCUACUCCCUGUGUGAGGUGUGUAACCUGCAGCUGACCUCGGAUGCUCAGGCCCAACUGCACUGCAACGGCCGGUCUCACCUCCGGAGAGUGAGACAGCUCCGGGCCGGAGGGACGGGACAACACGCGGCCGCAGGGGCUCAGCCCAGGUCUCUGCCACGGGCCACGGGACUCAGCUCUCAGCCUGCAGGACUAACUCCGACCCCGGGCCUCGGCCCAGGCCUCAGCGCUCCGCCCAGCGCGACUGCAGGUAGCGGGUGUGGCGUAGUGGGCGGGGCGUUGCCGGGGCUUAUUGGUGCCACUGGUCCCUCGGUGAUGAUGAAACCGUUCCUGUCCUACUCUGUCGAGACAACAUCACCCGUUGGACUUUUUCCUAACUUCAACACGAUGGACCCGGUGCAGAAGGCCGUCAUCAACCACACUUUUGGCGUCACCAUGGUGCCCAAAAAGAAACAGGUCAUCUCAUGUAACGUCUGUCAGCUGAGGUUCAACUCUGAUUCCCAGGCCGAGGCCCACUACAGAGGCAGUCGUCACGCCAAGAAGCUCAAGUCUCAGGAGAACAAGUCCAGGGCCCGGCUGUCGAUCACCGCGGAGACCAACGGGAGCAGCAGCAGCUGCGGGCCUGCAGGCCCCGCCCCUCAUGACGCAGUGAACAGCAGCACCAAUCAGCACACAGAAUUCUUAUCCAUCCUCACAGACUCCUCAACUCCCCUCAAGGCCUUCCUCCUCCCCGCCUCCUCCUCCUCCUCCCCUCCCUCCUCCUCCUCGCCCUCCUCUAGCAGAGCAGGCAGCGAGCCUCCUCCCUCCAGUCCUCCCUCCGCUCUGCCCGCUCCGGGCCUCUCUUCCCCUGUCUCCGCCUCCUCCUCCUCUUCCUCCAAAGCUUCCCCUCCCGCUCCUGUCACCUCGUCUCCAACCCCUGCGCCUCUUCCCCCGCCCUCCUCCCAGGAUGCACCUCUCCCCGCGGAGUCGGAGGAGGAGAAGGCGAAGAAGCUGCUGUACUGCUCUCUUUGCAAAGUUGCCGUCAACUCUCUGUCUCAGCUGGAGGCUCACAACGCAGGCUCGAAGCACAAGACGAUGCUGGAGGCUCGGAGCGGCGCCGGGCCGAUCAAGGCCUACCCUCGACCCGGGGCCAAGCUGAAGAACAUCAGCGGCACCGGGCUGAAGGGCUCCGGCCUGCAGAACAAGACCUUCCACUGUCAGAUCUGUGACGUCCACGUCAACUCGGAGAUCCAACUCAAACAGCACAUCUCCAGCAGGAGGCACAAGGACAGAGUGGCAGGAAAACCCAGCAAACCCAAAUACAGCCCCUAUAACAAACCACAGAGGAACGCUCUCACAGAGUUGGUGAAGCCCUCCCUCUCUCCCUCCUUCCUCACCACUCCCUUCGCCCCUGCGCCCUCCUCCCUCGCCUCCUCCAUCUCGCUGCCUCCCUCCUCUCUCUCGUCCUCCCCCCUCCUCACUGCCACCUCCUCGCCCCUCACCACCGCCAUCUCCCUCCACCAUCGCCCUCCGGCCUCCCCGUCCCUCUUCACCGCCUCCUUCCUGCGCCCGGCUCCCGGACCAAUGAGGGCGAGCCAGGCAUCGAUUCUCUUCGCACCGUACUGAUGACAAAGGUGGGGGAGUCGAAUCGGUGACCUUUGACCUCCACUUUGUCGGCGCCAAAGGGGCAGAAGACGAGAGAUGAGACGUCAGCUCUGUGCUGCAGGGAUUCAAACCUGCAACCUUCUCCCCUCUGACUGAGGCUCCACAAAGAGACAUGAGGAUGAAACCUUCUCCCUCUGCCGGGAUCAGACGACUUUCUCUCGGGUCCGAAACAACCUGAAGCAACUUGUGACGAUUUUAUCCAAACCUUGCAAGCACGUGUUGCUGAAACCUCAGCAGGCUCCAAGGUUCCCACGGAUGUGAGAAAAACAGGAUUUUUUUUAUUUAUGCACAUGUGGAAAAAUUCCUGAAUUUCAAAUGUUUUCUAGUAAGCAUGAAACACUACUGUCGUGACGUCUGUCGUCUUCUUCGUGUGGAACUGGACUGUAUUGUAAUGACGUCACCCUGACGCUGGCUCUAUUGGUUCCUGUUGAAGAGAUACUGUAAUACUCAAAGUCACGGGUACAAGCACUACAACACCGUGAAAAAAAAAUCCCUGGAAAGGUUUCAAAAUUUCAAAGAAAUAUAUGAGAAAUUACCCCUUUUCAUUCAUCUCAUUUAUUUGUUACAUCCUGGUCUACAUGUUUUUUUUGUGCUCUAACAGUCACAUUUAUCACAUAUAUGUAUUAUCUUUAAAAAAAUGUUUUACAUUUGUGUGUUAAUUGAUUUCAAGAACUUAAACUGAACUAAAGUAUUUUAAUUUUUUCAUAAUUUAUGGAAAAAAAAUCCUGGUUUGCUCCUUUUGGUAAAAAAACCCCAAAUAGAAAUCCUUUGAUACAGUAGAAAGUCACUUCAGGGUUGAUUCAGGAUCCUCACUUCCUGCUGUAUGUUUGGAACUAAAGUACAGACUCCUCCAUCCCCGUGUGUCUGGCGUCCACACCUCUGCCUGUACCUGAUGUCGUCCCUGUCGUCUCCACUGCCGUCGCGUCACGAGCUCACUCUGGACUCUGAGUCAGACUACUUCCUGGUUUUAUUUCUUUCAACCCUCCUCCCGCUGUCGCUGGAUCCGACCGGAACUUUCUGGGGGUUUGAGACGCCGGAAAGGUUUAUCUUGAGCUUUUAUCAAAAAAAGAGAGGAAACUUUUCACAAAGACUUUAACUCAUCACUGGAACUUUUCACAACCGGCAACAGCAAGAGAACAUUUUCCCUCAUAUGUGGUUAUUCACUUUCCAUGAACAAAAAGAACAUAUUUACAUUUCUCUCACUGCUUUUUCUGUGCUCUGAUAAUUCAUUUUACGUUGUAAAUAUCCACCCAAAGCUUUUCCACGACCUUCAAACAACUGCGCAAUCUGAUGUUUGGUUCAAUCGUCAUUUACUGAGGUUCAUCUGUCAAGUUAAAGAUUUCAAUCAUCUCAACUUGUCAACUUUAAGUUGAACAAACCUAAUUCGUUUGUGUGUUGCCAAUUGAAGUCAUUUUUUUUAAAGUUGGUAAACAAUUCUCUUUUUUCAGGGAAGUCUACGCUCACAUCGCCAAACUGUCGAACUGACCAAACGCUGUAUGGGGCUGUGAAUAUGUAAAUGGUCUUCAAUGCUCAACAUCAGUAUUUUGCUUUGUCUGUCCAUCACUCUCGUACCUUGGCUGUAAUGAACACUGCUGCCUGUAGGGGGCACUGGCAGGACAUUUUUUAAAUGAUCAGGAGGUUGUUGGACGGUCGUGAAGAGGCUUCACAGACGCAGGUGAAACAACAGAAAACAACCCAGAAAUAACUGGACUCAGAGUCAAAGACUGACAUUUUGUUGUGAGUCCGUUGGUCUCCAGGUUCUGACGAGGCUUCUCUUAUUGGCUGUCGACAUUGUCAGUAAUCAAUCAGUAACCAACCAGCUGAACCGACUUCUACCUUGAAGGAGAGUGACAUGUUGAGUGAGAUGAAUACAAAGAGUUGAAACAACGUUGCUAAAAAAUCUGAUUGGUCGAGUUGAAAAGGCCUCAGCUUUGAUUGGUCAAUGUCAUGUGGGCUGAUGAGGAUGAUGAUGUGUCUUCACCAGCAUUAUGUGUGUGAGUUUAAAAUUGAAAAUCAUUAAACCGUGAUGAACAAA